CACGUGGGCUGUGUGUCGAAGGUCACAGCGCUCACAAUGGAGCUGUCGGAGUAUGUGCAGAGCGGCUUGCAGAUCCUAGCCGAUUCUGGCUGCUUUUCUCCUAGCGCCUACACGGUUCUGCUCCAGACGGCUUUCCAGAGCCUGCUCAACGCCCAGGCGGACCAGGUAGCUUUAGAUCACCCAGUCUUGAAACAUAUUGACCCAACAGUAUUAAAACAUUGUCAUGCAGCAGCUGCAACUUGUAUACUGGAGGCUGGAAAACACAAAGCCGACAAAUCUACUAUAAGCACGUAUCUAGAAGACUGUAAAUUUGAUAGAGAGAGAAUAGAACAAUUUUGCACCGAAUAUCAGAAAAACAAAGAUACAUUGGAAAUCAUAUUGGGAAGUAUAGGCAGGUGUCCUCUGCACGUAACCGAUGUUUCUUGGCGCCUGGAAUAUCAAAUCAAGACCAACCAGCUUCAUAAAACGUAUCGACCUGCCUAUUUGGUGACCUUAAAUGUGGAGAACAGCGACUCAAGAUCACACCCUGACGUUAGUUUUAGUUGCACUAUGGAACAGUUACAGGAUUUAGUUGGAAAACUAAAAGAUGCAGCAAAAAGCCUAGAAAGAGCCUCUCAGAUGUGAUCGAAGGACAUUGACAAUCCACCGGGUUCAAGAGGAAGAAAAGUGCACUGACUCCUAACAGUUUCUUCGUAGGGAACAUGAUGAAUCAAUUUUCUUCUUUUUAAAAUCUCAUGUAGUUCAAACUCUUAGACCUUGUUACUUAUGUAUCAGCUAUUUAAUCUGAAAUUCUGUAUUCUAGUAAGUGUAACUACUCUUUCUGUGCAGUCCAAUUUAUGUUCUUUGUUAAAGUCCUGUUUUCUUAUCACAACUAUUCUUACAUUAGAUGGCUAGAUAAUUGAUUUGUCUUUAAAAUAUUCACUUUAUUUUACUUUGUGCUUCUGAAAUAUUAUUUUUCUGAUAUUUUUUCCACACGUUAUAAUAAAAUGGAUUAAUUUCUUCUCUCCAUUUUUGUGGAUGAAAAGUUCCCAAGGCGAGGAAACAGCAGCUCCGUUUAAAAUGACCUUUCCUUGGAGGAACAGUAUUAUCCUUCAAAAGGCAAAAACUAGUUCAGUGCGAUACUGUUAAGGUUCUAUCGAUAUAAUUUGUUAGAUUGUAAUGCCGUUGUCCGUCCAUUGCUGUAUCCUUCACUCCAAGUGAUGUUGCACCUUGUGUGAGAUUAAAAUUCACUCAAACUUUA